AGACGACAGUGUUGUGAUAUCUAGGACACGAGUAGGAUAUAAUUGGCGAAACAGGAGAUGCCUUAUUAGAAUAAAGUAGUAAAACAGCGGGCGUUACGCCCAAUAAAAGCUCUUCUUUCGGUGCUUAAUGAUUUUCAUGCAACUAGAAUUGCAGUGGUCUGCAGAAAAUUGAGGAGUUGUGUGUUUCGGUAAUAAUACACGAUAGACUGGAUUCAAUUAUACGGCCAAAACUGAAACUGGCCAAGAGUGAUGCUUCUACAGGAGCUACGGUGGGCGAUCUUGUUCAUAGUGAGCGCGCUGUUGCUAGCUGAAGCGCGCGAAUGGCAAUCACAGGAUAUUGCAGAAUCACGCAACGACGAUACGGAGUACUCAUCGGAAAAAUGCUCUCGUACCGUAGACAUCUACCAGAGCGUCGAGCUUCCCGUGUUGAACGAACGAAACCGCGGAAAACCCCUUCAUUGCGCUUAUCGUAUUCGCGUCCGUCCGGCUCGUGAUGACUGGGUUGUCUUUGUGCGCUUCACAAGGCUUCGUGUCGGGGCACCUUCUGAUGACCGGCAGUUAUGCCAAGGAGGAUAUAUGCAGAUUGUGGAUGGCUAUGCCCGUGAAACAAACAUCUCGAACCGCGACGGCCCCGGCUUCUACUGUGGCGAAAUCGAUUCGCCAAAGACGUUCAUUUCGGAAACGCCAUACGUUAAGGUCGUCUUCCACGUUGACGUGUACGAGGCCGACACGUAUAUACAUUUCGAGGCGACCGUAAAGCAGCAGCAAGAAGUAGCGUCCAGAUAUGGUCAAUACUCCAAUCUGUAUCCCCACCGGCGAGGCCAGCCGGUGCCGAACACGUACUGCCAGCGGCUGUUUAAGGAUUGCGCUCCAGGCCGAUGCUUCGUGCAAAGCCCAGCCUAUCCCGGCAUUUACCCGCGCAACCUCAACUGUCGCUAUCGGAUCAGCGUACGCCAGAGUCUUGUAGGCCUCGAUCUUGUAUUCUUUGAUGUAGACGGCCUGCGCUGUGACAAUCUGCUGAUGUGCUUCCCACGACCGAUUUCACGAGAGCCAUCUGACUGUCUUUUUGACUAUGUCCGCAUCCACGAUGGUCCUACUGAUGAUCACCCAGUCAUAGCGACGCUUUGUGGCCGAGGCAGAUUGAAGUCGAAUAUCGUUGCGUCCGGCUCAGAGAUGCUCGUCACCUUUGUUACAUCACCUGCAGGGCCUUUACUCAACACGGGGUUUCACUUCAAAGCGGAUAGCGUCUACGAUUCGGGAGAAGGCGAAACAAUUGAGCUACAUCGGGGAAGCAUGCCAGGAGGAGCGCUGGGAAUAGGGCCAAGUGGUUCAUGCAUCAUACAACGAGCAUUGUCGGUUUCACCGUCCACAUUUAAUUCCAUUCGCUCGUGGUACCCUGCAAAUACGUCCUGCCAGUUUCGGUUAUCAGCUCCAUCUGGAGAACGGAUUCGUGUCGCUUUCUCACAAUUUCGAGUUGAAAGGGUCACAUUCUGCGCAGAAGCUGUGAGGAUCUAUGAUGCAGCCGAGCCCGAUCCUCGUUUCAUUCUUAGCAAGUUAUGCGAUACAAAUCGGCCCGCAUUAGACGCGCCUCGCGCUGAAUUCGAAUCAUCCUCAAAUCGGAUGCUGGUCGACUUCACUUCGACCGUUGGCAGCCUCGACGGAAGUUCGAUAACAUUUUUGUUUGAAGCGCGUCACGUUCCGCCGCCGUCUACACACAGUAAUCGCACCCAUCAACUUCCUCUAAAUGGGUCGGACUGCGUCUCUCGAAAUGACAAAGAUUGCAGUAGCUAUGAAACAACGUUCGAGCCGUUCGUUGACACGAAAGCUGAGCGUGACAACUAAUUGGUCCGUGCAGGCUGUCACGUAAGCGCCAACAUAAGGUAACGCCGUUUGCUUAGAUGUACUGCGCCACGAUAUAAGUGUUUGGUUGUCUCCAGAUAGUCUUGUGUAAACACUUCGCUAUACUUGCCGAUAAAGGAGGGCAGUUUCACGGGUGCAGUUCUUAUUUAAUCAUUCGCAAUUCACCUGCAGUAGGUUUCAUAAUUGAUGGACGUCUAUGGAACGGCACGAAGUCUUGUUUCUCUAUUUCCGCGCAAGGGUCACUGAUCCAAACCACAUCAAGGACAUAUAUCGCAUAACGAAUUUUCUAUAGCUGUAUAUCGAAGUUUUUCAAAACUUUUUUCAUCUAUCUUUUCAGAUAAAAUAAAACCUAGCACGAUGCGUGUGGUAGUCGAUCACUCAGUCUAACACAAUAUACAGUGAAGGAUGAAGCAUCUGCUCUAACAUUUUGCUUAACGGGUCUAUAUUUAUUCACAUUGAAGAAGAAGAAAAAGAGCAGACCUAGUGGUAGAUAUUUGUACGUAUUAUCUACAAGUUUUGUUGAAGAACCAAAAUCGCUUUGGUAUGAAAAACUAUUCGAUCGAAACCUUUAACAAUUAUGUGUGUUUUGGAAUACAAGCAAAUAGAUCUUGCUCGAACCUUUUUGUGCACUGUCUUUAGAAAGUUCGUUAUGUAUAGAAGUAUUUCAAUGUGGUUCCAAAAUGAUUCUUCAAUCAUAUCAUGUCGUCAUGCACUUAUUGAGCUAUAAUCCUGUAUGAAACCCUAUAACGAUAACGUUCGACAUAGGCACUUCUUCUUAAAUGCGCCUAGGUAAUGGAAUUUCAAACCGCCCGCUGUGCGUGUUCCACGACAAAUCGUUACUUUAGCACUAUAUCCGCUACCAGAGUCAACAGAAAUACGCAAACGAAACUGGGAUAUAGGGAGUAACUCGUUUACUUUCAUGCGAUAACAAAUAUGUACGUAGCCUGAAGAAAAUUAACAACGGAAACAACCAAAACUCUACGGCUGAGGUUUUACUUUACUCACGCACGGAGCGCCAGCGUGAAAAAGUGCACCCCCGCAAGGAAUCAUUUCAACUAUCAUUAACCCCAGUGUAAGUAGACGUGUCCGGGAGCCUUUAGAAAGACUGUAUAUUAUUACUAGCAAAAAAAAAUAUAAAGGCAGCAUUUAUCAGUGCCACCGCACUACUGUAUGGUGUAGAUAUGAGAUGAUGUAUUUUGCUAAUAUGAUAACGAUGAUAAAAAUAAUGACUCUAUAUAACAGUUAUCGACACCGAUGCUCGUAACAGUGAAUAAUAGUGAUUACCAUAAAAAAUAUAAAGAGAGAACUUUUGCUAUAUAUCCAACUCCAUUUGAUGAAUAUGAUAUGCAAAGAAUCUCAUAUAUAUGUCAUUAUGCUGGCUAAAUGAAAGAUAUUUUCCACCCGAAGCCAUAGUUAAAUGGCUUUAAAAUUACAUAUCUCAAGUUAUAUGUGUCGCAUCGAAUUGGCGUUGAUGUCAUCUGAAAGCCAAGAGUUGGAAGUAGUAGAUGUGCUACAAUGGUCGAGAUGCAUUAAUUCAGACCUGAUAAAGCGCACCUUGAAGAUGAGUAAGACUGUGCAAAAAAUUGCUUUCUCUCUAACAGUUCUAUUUCGAUAAAGACAAAAAGCUGCCCAGGACUAUGGAACAAUUUGUGCUACUUAUGAUCAAAAUGCUUUAUUGGAAGAAACGGCCUAAAGAUGCUUGUACCGCCUUCGUUUUAGAAAUUUCGAUAUAAGAGAUGCUCCUCGUAACGGACCAGUUGCGAACAUAGUUGAUGAAAUUUUUGCGAAAGAAAGAAAAAAAAAACAAUAUUGCCAAGAAACUAAACAUCGACCAUCACACAGGUUUGAAACGUUUGAGAAAAGCUGGCUACAAAAGGUCUGAUAUUUUUUUUACGCAGAAGUAUUUAUCCAAUCGUAUUUCUGUCUACAGAAAGUGAAUUAUUGAUAGCGGUUGAUUACGGGUGAUUAAAAACAGAUUACAUGCAACAAUGCUGUGCAAAUAAAAAAAUCUGUGCUUUACAAUCUGUAGCGAAGGCCAGACCGGCGGCAAAGAAAAGAACUUUGUGUCCGAUCAAAUUGAAACGGAACUGUAUAUUAUGAGUUACUGCCAUUUGGCAAAAUAAUUCAUCUGAACAACUAACAAGAUUUCGGUAAGCUAUCGAUAAAUCGACCAGAAUUAGUGAAUAUUUUCCAUCCAUAUACAUUAUUAGCCGGAAAAUUCUCAAUUUUUUCGGACGCGAAAUUUGAAUGAAUAGGACCUGUAGUCAAAAUUUUACACCAUCAGACUAUCAUUUAUUUCCGGCUUUGCAGGAUUCCCUUAAUGGUGUCAAUACAAGGGUUCAAAAAUUUCUUUUGCUUGCAGUUUUUCGCCCAAAAGCUACAUGAAUUCUACAGUAAAGGAUAAAAAUGGCGCAUAUCCAAUUUCGUAGUGUUAUUUUAAAAUAUAAAAGAUAUUUUCUUUAAUUUCGAGUUGAAACGGUCAAUACGUUUUCGACGGCCAGAUAUACGGUAGGCGUUUUAAUUACUCUCAUAAGGUAAAGUUACCCUGUAAACACGCGAAUCUAAACAAGUGAAUCCAUUCUGGGCAACAUAUCAGAGAAUCGUUUAUGAACUUAACUAAAGCCAACUCGAAGAUCCAUGAUAUGUCAGCCCAACAAACCGCUAUAAUCACAAAUUUCGGUGCAAACAUAACUAAACUGUGUCAUAAUAAUAAACUGUGUCAUAGAUAGAACGAGGUU